ACGGAACACUGUAUCUUUCCCAUAACUUCUCCAACUUUCUUAUCAAGCUGAAUCAAAUUUUCCUUAGUAAAUUUUAAAUGUCAACCAUGUCGCCUGUAACGGUUUGUCUGCUUGUAUUAACAGCCGUCACCGCUGCUACCGCCAUUGCCGCUAAUAACGACGCGGCUCUGGGCGAAACAUACUCCGUUAACGCCAAUCAGCUGCUGUUACGCGUUCGCUCCCUGAUCGACCGCUCCCCGGUGUCCCGCGUGAAACGUUACGCUUCGACCGAUUGCAAGGAGAUCAUGGUGUUGGCGGUGGCGGCCUUCAAGCCGUGCAAGAGCCUGGUGGAUGCCGGUUACACGAGCAGUAAGUGCCGCUCCAACCGCUACACGGUCUACGAAGGACUGGCCGCCUGCCUGGACGAGACCAGCGGGGACGAUCGGGAUUUCCUCUUAACCAUCUACCGUGCAUGGAGAAAUCUCGAUCUGUAAAAAAACACGCCACAAGGUCCAUCGUCGGCGCAGCUAGCCAUUAGUUACUGUACAUAAUUUCUGUAGUGUUCAUACAUGUAAUUGUACGAGCUCGUAUCGCUUGUCAGCCGUUUUUUGGGCGUUCAUAAUCAAGUGCUGUAAUUCAGUGUAUCACUGAGUCUUUAUCUUGUCUUGCUUUUUGUGCAAUAAACUGGUAAUCUUUAA